UUCCGGUGAAGGGGAGCUGUGGCUGGGCUUGCUGGGAUCAUGGCGGAGAAUCACUGCGAGCUUCUACAGCCGGCUCCGGGCGGCUUCGGGGCGGGGUUGGGGGGCGGCUUGUGCCGCCGCUGCAGCGUGGGGCUCGGCGCCCUGGCCCAGCGCCCCGGAAGCGUGUCCAAGUGGGUCCGGCUCAACGUCGGCGGCACGUAUUUUCUCACCACCCGGCAGACGCUGUGCCGGGAUCCGAAAUCUUUCCUGUACCGUUUGUGCCAGGCCGACCCCGACCUGGACUCGGACAAGGAUGAAACAGGUGCCUAUUUAAUCGACAGAGAUCCCACCUAUUUUGGGCCCGUGCUGAAUUACCUGAGACAUGGAAAGCUGGUCAUUAACAAAGACCUUGCAGAGGAAGGAGUGUUGGAGGAAGCGGAAUUUUACAAUAUCACCUCACUAAUAAAACUUGUAAAGGACAAAAUUAGAGAACGAGACAGCAAAACAUCACAGGUGCCAGUGAAGCAUGUUUACCGUGUACUUCAGUGUCAGGAGGAGGAGCUCACGCAGAUGGUGUCCACCAUGUCCGAUGGCUGGAAGUUUGAACAGCUGGUCAGCAUUGGCUCCUCCUACAACUAUGGGAGUGAAGACCAGGCCGAGUUCCUCUGUGUGGUCUCCAAGGAGCUGCACAACUCCCCGUACGGCACUACCAGUGAGCCCAGCGAGAAAGCCAAGAGUGAUGACGAGGAGACGGGUCACGAUGGGAAUGACUCAGAUUAAGUGUAAAUGUCCUGAUUUUGCAAGAACGAGGUUCAAGGAUGUGAGGAGCACAAUGUUGACAGCUGAUGAAACGUUUUACUUUUCCCAAGAUGAAAUGAACCGCCAUGUCGAGGAAGCUUGGCUGUGAGAAGAAACCUGCUUUUGACAAUUUUCUAUAGAGAUCUGGGUGUGAAUCCUUUUUUGCCUCUGAGGUGGGUGGUGAGAGACGUGACCAGCUGUCCAAGUCCGGGCAUCCCCCACUAGGAGGAGGUGUGCCGGCCAGGCGGGCGUUGCUAUGGGAGCCUUCGCUCGGUUUUUCCAAGUGCCACACAGGCCCGAGGAAGGAUGCUCCUGACCGACCCCUUUAAUCACCGAAGAUCAUUUAGAGGACAGCGUUCUUGGUGCUACAUAAACAGUCUGUAACGGAGCCUGGGCCUUGCUGGUAGGAAGUGGUCACAGUGCUGUGGCCCCAGGCUCUGGGUGUCCGCUGGUCACCCCACCGCACCAGGCCCUGGUUCUCGGGUCAGAGUCAUGCCCAGGUGUGACUGGUUCUCACAGCCUUGGGCAGCUUUUGACAGAGGCGGCCUCUGUAUGUUCACUACUUCCUGGACCCCCACCCUAAGGCUGGGCCUCCUUCAGAGCCAUGUUCCCCUGGCCUGACCUGGCCUGGAACAGUCAAGUCUUCUUCACUUGUAUUUUCCAGGCAAGAGACCUUUGCAUCUCUUAUUUCCAGUGUGGAUAGACUUCCCAAUGUUUUUACUUUUUAGAAAUGCCUAAAAGUGUUGCUGCAUUUUGGAUUGAUCUGUUAAGUCCUUUAAAGGGAGGUAGAAAUUUUGUUCCUCCCACCCAUGGGCUCUUGGAGGAGCUGGCGCUCGUCAGUGCCUUUGUCUCGCCUGGGAUGGAGGUCAGGCGGGAGGCCUGUCCACCUGGCUUCCGGAGCUGAAACUCCGGGUCACGUUGAAAAUUGGAUGUUUACAGCGCAUCACACAUAUUUCUCUUUCUUGCCGGCUCUUUCAUUUUCUUUGUAUAACUAUGCAGUUCUCUCUGAUAUUUCUGGGAUGUUUGAGACUCCACACAUGGGCUCUGCCCACCUUACAUGACAUUGGAACUACUAGGAUUCCUUUAAAACCUGCUGUCCACACGCUUUGAGAACAGACCUUUCUGAGCUGGUCGUGGAAACUGUUAGAGUCUGGGGGACCUGGCUCGGACAAGCAGCUCUCUGCUUCCUGACCUACGGCUUCCCCCGGGAGCUGUGCACACUGACACCGGGGCUGCUGACAUGCCGGCAGAGUCUGGCACGUCUAGUUUCAAUGCUUCCGGAGGCAUCUCACCUGUGCCCUCUUCUUCUUUGCCAAUAAAUAACCUGAUUAACCAAGUUCUCCAGCACCUAGGACUUACCUACUCCUUUUUGUAAGGUCUGUUGUAUGUUGUUAAAUGUUUGGCUUCAACCAUUUAUAGCAACCUUUCUAUAGGGCCUAUUUAGCCCCUGGUGACCCGUUUUCCUCAUGGAGCCUUGGGAGGAGGGCGGCCUUUGUGGGCUUCAGGGUAUACCUGUGGGGCACUGCUGGCCGCUUAUUGUUGUUUAAUUUGUGACCUUGACAUUCUAGAUAGGCUUUUUUUUUUUAAUUUAAAGAUAGUAAGACCUAAUUCACUAAAAUUUAUUCUAAGGGGAUAUUUAUACUUUUAUACUUUUUUAGGUAUCCGUAUUUUAUCAGCUGACAGUUUAAUGCCUAAGUUUCCCCUGAAAAUAGCAAAUAAAAUUGUGUAUUUAUGAAU